AUGAACUCUCAGCUAAACCGUUCAAACAGACUGUGGGCGCCACAGCCUGAGGAGACAACAACAAAGGAGAUUGAGAGGAUCUCCUCUGCUUCAACUAUCGCGGAUCUUCCAGAUAUCUCCAUUGUUUCAGACGUGAUGGAGUCUGAGGAGGUGGACGAGGAGAGCAUGACUGAUCCUUGCUUCUUAAGUGCCUCCAAAGCUCUUUCUUCUUACAAUGAUCUUUGGUCCAAAGUUGAGGAGCUUAGGAUUUUGCUUUCUGAAGAGAAGAGGCAAAAGGAGGAUCUAAGUUUCACAGCUUUGAACAUGGAGGCCAAGCUUUCAAACAUUCAAGAAGAGAACGAGUAUCUGGAGCAGACCAUUACAGCCCUCCGCUAUGAAGUUGUCGCGGUUAAGAACAAGGCAGACGCGGAUAAAUAUAAAUACUUUGAAAUGCAGUGUGACUAUCAAGAAAUGAGGGAAACACUGCAGUCCCAGCUGGAUAGAGUUACAAAUGUGAACAAAGAGCUGGUCACUUCAUUAGAAACCAUAAAGAAGAGAGAGGCUCUCUGCAUCGAAUUCAAAGAUGACCUCGUGAAGCGCUUGGAGAAUAAGAUAGAGGAGGUCGAGAAGUUGAACAAUGAGAACACCGAACUUUGUAUGAAUAACUGCAGGAUGGAGACUGUUUUCUUAAAGGAAAAGGAGGCCGUACGGGAGAAAAGUGAAGCUCUGUGGCAGGAAACUGAGGAGCUGAGGAAAAGCUUCCAGGUAGAAAAGGAGGAGUAUACAGAGAAGCUUUCCAAAGCUGCCCAGAGGGAGGAAUCCCUCCUCCAAGAGCUAGAAGAAGUAAAGGAGGCAAAUUCUGUCCUUCAGUCCUUUAUGAAAGAGCAAGAAGAGAAGAAAGGUGAUGAAGACAGCAACCUCCAGAGCAUGGUCCAAACAGAAGGAGAGCAGGCUCUGGAGAGUGGUACGAAUCCCUGCAAGGAAGAAGAGGGGGCUUCUCGGCAAGAAACUGAAUCCCUCAAACAUGAAAUUGAGGAGAUGAAGAAAAUGCUCGACCAGCAGGAAGAGAUGCUUUUGGAAGCCGCUGAGAGGGAAAGGGCCCUCCAAAAGAAAGUUCAGGAGGUGCAGGAAGCCCUCCAAACUGAAAAGAACGUGUAUUCUCUUCAAGUGUCUGACAUGAAGGAUGCACUUUCUCAAGAGAAGAGGAAUAAGACGGCCUUGGAGGAGAGCAAUGAAACCCUCAAGCAAGAGAACGAGAAGCUUCAGAAUCUGCUGGAUGAGGAGAAGAGCAGGAAGGUAGAGAUGCUUCUGGAAGCUUCUGAGAGGGAAAGGGCCCUCCAAAAGAAGGUUCAGGAGGUGCAGGAAGCCCUCCAAACUGAAAAGGAGGAUUUUUGUCUUAAAAUGUCUGAGCUGAAGGAUGCACUUUCUCAAGAGAAGAGGAAUAAGACGGCCUUGGAGGAGAGCAAUGAAACCCUCAAGCAAGAGAACGAGAAGCUUCAGAAACAGCUGGAUGAGGAGAAGGGAAGGAAUGAAGAGAAACUUCUGGAAGCUUCUGAGAGGGAGAAAGCCCUCCAAAAGAAAGUUCAGGAGGUGCAGGAAACUCUCGAAACUGAAAAGAACGUGUAUUCUCUUCAAGUGUCUGAGCUGAAGGAUGCACUUUCUCAAGAGAAGAGGAAUAAGACGGCCUUGGAGGAGAGCAAAGAAACCCUCAAACUAGAGAAGGAGAAGCUUCAGAAUCUGCUGGAUAAGGAGAAAUGCAGGAAUGAAGAGAUGCUUCUGGAAGCUUCUGAGAGGGAGAAAGCCCUCCGAAAGAAAGUUCAGGAGGUGCAGGAAACCCUCCAAACUGAAAUGUCUGAGCUGAAGGAUGCACUUUCUCAAGAGAGGAGGAAUAAGACGGCCUUGGAGGAGAGCAAUAAAACCCUCAACCAAGAGAAGGAGAAGCUUCAGAAUCUGCUGUAUGAGGAGAAGAGCAGGAAGGUAGAGAUGCAACUGGAAGCUUCUGAGAGGGAAAGGGCCCUCCAAAAGAAAGUUCAGGAGGAGCAGGAAACUUUGUGGCUCAAAGUGUCUGAUCUGAAGGAUGAACUUCUCAACAUGUGGAAGAAUAAGUCGGCCUUGGAGGAGAGCAAUAAAACCCUCAAGCAAGAGAACGAGAAGCUUCAGAAACUGCUGGAUGAGGAGAAGAGCAGGAAGGAAGAGAUGCUUCUGGAAGCUUCUGAGAGGGAGAAAGCCCUUCGCCAAGAUCUGGAAGAAGUCAAAGAGAAGACGAAGGAGGCUAAGGAGAGGGAGGUGGCGAUGGAAAAGCUCAAAAGAGAAAUACAUUGUCUUGAGAUCACACUUAAACUAGAAAAACAGCAGACAGAAGGGUUUUGUACCAAAACCCUGAAGCUGAGGAGUGAACUCGCCAAGAAGAAGGAAGAGAAGGAGAUAUUGGUACAAAACAUCGAAGCCCUCAGAGGAGAAAUAGAAAUACUUCUCCCAAGACUGGCAAAGGCAGAACAAGGGAUUUUCUCCAGGAUGUGGGAGCUGCUCACAGUUCUUUUCAACUCUACCGCUGUUUAA